UUUCUUAUCUUCUUCACCGACUCGUCAUUAGUCAUUAUAAUCGAGAAAAUAAAGUUUAAAAAAAAAAUCGAAGAAGAAGAAAAAAAAAUGGGAGUAGUAGUGAUCGAUGGAUCAACGGUACGAUCAUUUGUGGAAGACGAAGAGCAAUUCAAGAAGAGCGUCAACGAUAGGUUCGCGGCUUUGGAUCUGAACAAAGACGGCGUUUUAUCGAGAUCGGAGCUACGAAAGGCGUUCGAAUCGAUGAGGCUGCUUGAAUCGCACUUCGGAGUUGAUGUGGUGACUCCUCCUGACGAGCUGACGAAGCUCUACGACUCGAUCUUCGCGAAGUUUGAUACGGAUCAGAGCGGUUCAGUGGAUCUAGAGGAGUUUGGAUCGGAGAUGAAGAAGAUCGUGCUUGCGAUCGCUGAUGGGCUCGGGUCUUGUCCGAUUACGAUGGUUUUGGAUGAUGGUGAGGAUAAUAUCUUGAAGAAAGCUGCUGAUUUGGAAGCUUCUAAGCUUCAGAAGAAGGCUUCUUCGUGAUCUUUUGAAAUUGAAAGUAGUGUGUUUCGUCUUUGUGGUUGUGUUCACUUGUGUUUUUGAUGUAAGCGAGAGUUUGAUUAAUAAAAAAUAGACUUUGAAUUUGUGAGAUUUUGAAUUGUUUGUGAUGCAAAUUUGGAUUGAGUGAGUCGGAAGAUUGUAAAUAAGACUUGAUUGAAUAAAUUGGAAGAUGACAUUUAAUCA